GUUUUCUACAAACCCCAUACCCGAUGCUGGAUCUAAUACUAUCUUUAACCUGCUCUGUUGCAUUGUUUUGACUGUUGUUCUUAUCUUCUUCAAAUGGCUCUGUACUACAGCUCGACUGCCACUCCCGCCGGAGCCGGCGCAUACUCCGAUCCGGGGCCGUGAAGGACCACAGCCUCUUCACUCUCAGCUCCGGUACUUUCUCCCACGGCAAUGACUACUCUCCCACCACUUGCGCUUCGUUGCGAGCUUCUGUGGAUUCGGCUCCCAAAGCCCGGUUCGUGGCACGGCGGAAGGAAUCUAUCUCCGUCAGCCAACUUGGGCGCCCUCUAACGGAGUACAUGAGCUUGCCGGCGAGUCAGUACUCGGUGCUGGAUGCCGAGAGGAUAGAGAGGGUGGAUGACAACACGUUCAGGUGUUAUGUCUACAGGUUCAAGUUCCUCAAUUUUGAAGUUUGCCCUGUUUUGCUGGUUAAGGUUGAGGAGCAGCCUUAUGGCUGCUGUAUUAAGCUCUUGUCUUGUAAGGUACUGUCUGCUUUCUCUUCUCCUCCUCAAUUGUUAACUUACAAGUUACACCACCUGUUAGUUAGAGAUGGCUGCUUGUCCUGUGAUCCUAAGAACUUGGCUCUCGUGGCCGGGAUGUCGUUGGAUCUGAACCUGACUCGCACGCGGAUCUCCGACGAGGACGAUUACUUGACCUUCACGGCCUCCACCAGGGAGAACAGCAACAGGAACGAGCGCAACUUCAGGAUCCUGCGAUUGACAUUCGACGGGAGCAUCGAGGACCUCAGCUCAUCC